AUGAACGGCUCAUAUCUUACUCCUCUCUACUAUAUUGCUACCACAUUAGCCAUUCCCCAACUCUCUGGUAGUUCACCUCUUUCUAGUGAGCUCCACAAUGCUACACCAGCCUCUCUCAGUAUCCAUGGUGAGAUCUUGUCCGGGUUUGUGACAUUUAUCACAUCCACCUCCUCUUCUUGUUUCCUUACUUCCUUUGGAGUAAACGAAGUAAGAGGCAGAAGUUCUCCCAAGAAACCAGAAGUUGUCCCAAGAAACCAGAAGUUGUCCCAAGAAACCAGAAGUUGUCCCAAGAAACCAGAAGUUGUCCCAAGAAACCAGAAGUUGUCCCAAGAAACCAGAAGUUGUCCCAAGAAACCAGAAGUUGUCCCAAGAAACCAGAAGUUGUCCCAAGAAACCAGAAGUUGUCCCAAGAAACCAGAAGUUGUCCCAAGAAACCAGAAGUUGUCCCAAGAAACCAGAAGUCCUCCCAAGAAACCAGAAGUUGUCCCAAGAAACCAGAAGUUCUCCCAAGAAACCAGAAGUCCUCCCAAGAAACCAGAAGUUGUCCCAAGAAACCAGAAGUUGUCCCAAGAAACCAGAAGUUGUCCCAAGAAACCAGAAGUUGUCCCAAGAAACCAGAAGUUGUCCCAAGAAACCAGAAGUUGUCCCAAGAAACCAGAAGUUCUCCCAAGAAACCAGAAGUUGUCCCAAGAAACCAGAAUACCUCUACCACCUCACUGUAACAACCAGUUCCUCCCUCCAACAACCAGUUCCUCCCUCCAACAACCAGUUCCUCCCUCCAACAACCAGUUCCUCCCUCCAACAACCAGUUCCUCCCUCCAACAACCAGUUCCUCCCUCCAACAAUCAGUUCCGCCCUCCAACAACCAGUUCCUCCCUCCAACAACCAGUUCCUCCCUCCAACAACCAGUUCCACCCUCCAACAACCAGUUCCGCCCUCCAACAACCAGUUCCGCCCUCCAACAACCAGUUCCUCCCUCCAACAACCAGUUCCUCCCUCCAACAACCAGUUCCGCCCUCCAACAACCAGUUCCGCCCUCCAACAACCAGUUCCGCCCUCCAACAACCAGUUCCUCCCUCCAACAACCAGUUCCUCCCUCCAACAACCAGUUCCGCCCUCCAACAACCAGUUCCGCCCUCCAACAACCAGUUCCUCCCUCCAACAACCAGUUCCUCCCUCCAACAACCAGUUCCUCCCUCCAACAACCAGUUCCUCCCUCCAACAACCAGUUCCUCCCUCCAACAACCAGUUCCUCCCUCCAACAACCAGUUCCGCCCUCCAACAACCAGUUCCUCCCUGCAACAACCAGUUCCGCCCUCCAACAACCAGUUCCUCCCUCCAACAACCAGUUCCGCCCUCCAACAACCAGUUCCUCCCUCCAACAACCAGUUCCGCCCUCCAACAACCAGUUCCUCCCUGCAACAACCAGUUCCGCCCUCCAACAACCAGUUCCUCCCUCCAACAACCAGUUCCUCCCUCCAACAACCAGUUCCGCCCUCCAACAACCAGUUCCGCCCUCCAACAACCAGUUCCGCCCUCCAACAACCAGUUCCGCCCUCCAACAACCAGUUCCUCCCUCCAACAACCAGUUCCGCCCUCCAACAACCAGUUCCGCCCUCCAACAACCAGUUCCGCCCUCCAACAACCAGUUCCGCCCUCCAACAACCAGUUCCGCCCUCCAACAACCAGUUCCGCCCUCCAACAACCAGUUCCUCCCUCCAACAACCAGUUCCUCCCUCCAACAACCAGUUCCUCCCUCCAACAAUCAGUUCCGCCCUCCAACAACCAGUUCCUCCCUCCAACAACCAGUUCCUCCCUCCAACAACCAGUUCCGCCCUCCAACAACCAGUUCCGCCCUCCAACAACCAGUUCCGCCCUCCAACAACCAGUUCCGCCCUCCAACAACCAGUUCCUCCCUCCAACAACCAGUUCCGCCCUCCAACAACCAGUUCCGCCCUCCAACAACCAGUUCCGCCCUCCAACAACCAGUUCCUCCCUCCAACAACCAGUUCCUCCCUCCAACAACCAGUUCCGCCCUCCAACAACCAGUUCCGCCCUCCAACAACCAGUUCCUCCCUCCAACAACCAGUUCCUCCCUCCAACAACCAGUUCCUCCCUCCAACAACCAGUUCCGCCCUCCAACAACCAGUUCCUCCCGCCAACAACCAGUUCCGCCCUCCAACAACCAGUUCCGCCCUCCAACAACCAGUUCCGCCCUCCAACAACCAGUUCCGCCCUCCAACAACCAGUUCCGCCCUCCAACAACCAGUUCCGCCCUCCAACAACCAGUUCCGCCCUCCAACAACCAGUUCCGCCCUCCAACAACCAGUUCCGCCCUCCAACAACCAGUUCCCGCCCUCCAACAACCAGUUCCCUCCACCAUGA